CGCGCCGUAACAAUGCUCUACGUGGCGGCGCAACCGCACCAUCGGUUGAGCUGUUUCGUGAAGCGCGUGUACGCGUGUACCAUGGGCGACAGUGCUUCCAAGAACGAUUAUAUGUGUUUGCGAAUUAUUGCCCGCAAGUAAGUGUUCCUUUCCCGAACGCCUUAGAUGUGUAUACCCACGUAGUAGCGCUGACGUGUGCUAGUGUUGAGCUCCUUGUGGUAGAAAAUGCAGCGACAUCGGCGAAGUCGGCGGUGGCAGCAACGAUGAAGAAACAAUAGUGUUUGAAAACGCCAGAUAGUCCGCCCUGCCUUCCCAAUGCCUCCACGUUCGCGUGGCUCCCUCUGUCAUCCUGAUGUAGAGAUGAAUGCCUUUCGUAGAACAGUUCUCCGGCAACCGGCGAACAUUUGCUAUUCACUGCUGGUACGGUCGCAAGCUCUGUUAAUUCCUGUAGCGAGAUACCGGCAGACGCGGUUCAGCUCGCGGCGGGUGCGGAAGCGCGUCAUCUUCAAGAACGGCGACUGCAACGUGGUGCAGGGCAACGUGGCGAAGCGGCGCCGCCGCUACCUGCAGGACAUCUUCACGACGCUGGUGGACGCGCAGUGGCGCUGGACGCUGCUCGUCUUUGCCAUGAACUUCGUGCUCAGCUGGCUGGCGUUCGCCGUCAUCUGGUGGCUGAUCGUGCUCUCGCACGGCGACCUGGAGCCCGAGCACAACGAGAAGGUGGCCGCCGCGCUCGGCCGAAACCUCUCCGACGUCGACGCCGGCUGGCGGCCCUGCGUCCGCGACGUGUCCGGCUUCGCCUCGUGCUUCCUCUUCAGCGUCGAGACGCAGCACACCAUCGGCUACGGCUCCAAGCACACCACCGAGGAGUGCCCCGAGGCCAUCUUCGUCAUGUGCCUGCAGAGCAUCUGCGGCGUCAUGAUACAGGCGUUCAUGGUGGGCAUCGUGUUCGCCAAGCUGUCGCGGCCCAAGAAGCGGACGCAGACGCUGCUGUUCAGCCGGCACGCCGUCAUCUGCCAGCGGGACGGCUUCCACUGCCUCAUGUUCCGCGUCGGCGACAUGCGCAAGUCGCACAUUGUCGAGGCGCACGUGCGCGCCCAGAUCAUCCGCAGGAAGGUGACGAAGGAGGGCGAGCUGCUGCCGUACUACCAGCAGGAGCUGCGCGUGGGCGGCGACGGCGAGGAGGAGAAGAUCUUCUUCAUUUGGCCCACCACCAUCGUGCACCGCAUCGACAAGUGGUCGCCGCUCUACCCCCUGUCCGCCUCGGAGAUGCUGCGCGAGCGCUUCGAGAUCGUCGUCAUUCUCGAAGGCGUGAUCGAGUCGACGGGGAUGACGACGCAGGCGCGCUCGUCGUACCUGCCCAGCGAGAUCCUGUGGGGCCACCGCUUCGAGCCGCUGGUGACGUUCAAGAAGGAGACGGGCGAGUACGAGGUGGACUACAGCCUGUUCAACAACACGUACGAGGUGGACACGCCACUGUGCAGCGCCAAGGCGCUCGACGAGCUGCGGCAGGCGCACGGCAAGACAGAGUGCGGGCCGUCGCCGUCGGCGUCGCCCGGCGGGCCCGGGAAGGCGCGCUGCGGCCUGCGGGCGCCGCCCGACUCUCUCGAGCUGCACAGCGCCAGCGGAGACUCCAACAGCGAGGACGCGCCCACCGUCGUCACCGUGACGUCACCGCUGGACGCCGCCGGCCCCGAGUCGCGCAUAUAGCGCGCGCCCGCCCGCGCCGCCGACGCCGCCAAGGCGAGGGGCUGACGACAGUUCGUGACUGCGUAUGAGGAGCGGACCCCCAUCGUGCCCGACGAGGUGUGGGCGUUCUGCAGAAGCCGCUCGCACCGCUUGGAUGAGCUCGCGACGGACUAUAGUGAUGACUUCUGUGAUGUGGACAGCACGGUAGCUGAAGUGCGUUCUGUGUGGACUCGUCAAGUUGCAGUUGACGCGCGUCAAGAUUUGUGAUAGUGUUCAUACCUUUUUUUUUUAGCUUUUCGUUCAUAUUUCGCCCGUGUUACGUGUGACCAUAAAAAGACAUCUGAUGUGUAAAUAUUCUGACAGUACCCACUCACCCAUAGAAGUUUGUGCGAGUAAACGUUUGUGCGGUUUCGAACAAUGUGAGUGAAUGUAUCUGCCUCCAAUAUCACGCGAAGCAGUUGUCGCUCACACGAGCUCGCUUUUAGAUUAAAGGGUGGGAAAGCGUCACGGAACUGACGCAGAAUUAGCUUGCGAGGAAAUAGAGGUAUAGGAAGUAACUGAGCUUUAAUUUACUAUUUCUGUGCCCGUGGAAUGGACGUCGCUAUUCGUGUGUUCUUACCGAAUUUUAUAUGAGGUCGCUGAGACCUGCAUGGCCGUCCUUUUGCUGGCUUUUGAUUUUGUACGUUUUAUCCAUCAUUUGCUGUUGUGCGUACGCAGUUCUCAACGGUGUGUAUUGCCACAAAAGGAAUCCGUUCCGUAGGUAUAAAGUCUGAAACGUUAAGUUCUUCCACAUGAGAACUGCUUUCCAGAUAUUUAAGAAGAAAAAGACUUGAGCUGUUUUGUAGAGCCAUAACAGUUUUCAUUGAUGUAACGUAUACGAUGAAAAAGGUUUACUCGCGAGUGUAAUAAAAGGCAAAAAGUGUGUGUGUGAUACGGCACUGACAAGUCAGUGAGAACGCUUAGUAGUAUUACUGAAAGCUAGUAGUUGGAAUAACUACCGUUUUGUACAGUUUCAGUGCAUGGUAAGAAUCGAGGAUCGAUUUAUGUUUUCCGUGAAGUAAUUGUACGCAGCGGAGAGAAACAAUAAAUUGUUUAUUGAAACAAUA